AACAUUAUAAAGUUAUUUUUAAAUUAUUGCUAUGAGAGGAUAACUUUCCUUAAAACAAAAUGAUAUUUUUACAACUAUUAACAGUUUUUCUGGUUCUUAACAUUUCAUUAGCAAACGAUUGUGUAAAAAGGACUUAUACAGCCGAUUCAUUUGUUUGUGUUUGUGAUGCUGAUAAAUGUGACACUUUAGAUAUUCAGAAAACUGUUCAACCUGGUUAUAUAGCGAUUUAUGAUUCAGACCAGAAGUCAGAUCGUCUUGAAAAAACCAUUGUACCAGUUGGUCAGUUAAAAAAUCGAAUCGAUCGAAUGAUGCACAAUAAAUUUACUUUAAAUAUAAAUGUUAAACAUUUAAAUCAAAAGAUACUUGGCUUCGGUGGAUGUUUUACUGAUGGUGCUGUUCUCAAUAUAGCAAGUUUAUCAAAUGGUUUAGUUAAAUCAUUGAUGUAUGAUUAUUUCGGUGAAAAUGGUCUUGAAUACAAUAUUGGACGAGUACCAGUUGGUGCAUCGGAUUCAUCAACACAUGCUUAUUCCUUGGACGAUACUCCAUUUGACUUUACUCUAUCACAUUUCGCUCUUGCUGAGGAAGACACUAAAUACAGGAUUCCAUUUUUGAGAAUAGCAAAAAUGUUGAAUCCUGAAUUUAGAGCUUUUGCCUCUGCUUGGUCAGCACCAGCUUGGAUGAAAACUACUCUUUCAUUCAAAAAUGGUGAAUUGAUUGGGAAACCCGGAGAUGUUUAUUAUAAACUUUGGGCUCAAUAUUAUGUCAAAUAUUUAAAUACUUAUUUGGACCAUGGAGUGAAAUUUUGGGGACUAACUACACUGAAUAAUCCUCCUGCAGGGUUACGAGGAGCUCCUUGGGGUACACUUGGGAUGACUCCAGAACAACUAAGGGAUUUUGUAAAACUAGAUCUAGGACCAGCUCUGAAAGCUGCCGGUUGGGGAAGGGAUAAUUUAACACUCAUGAUUCAUGAUGCAGGGGCAAGUUCAAUGGAUGAGUAUUUACCUGUCAUAUUGAAUGACCCAGAAGCAGCAAAGUAUGUAAAGGGUAUUGCUUAUCAUUGGUACGACAGAAAGUAUCCUUGGACAUACGGAACUAUAUCAAGAUUUAUUGGUUAUGGUGCUUUCCUAUUCUCAUCAGAAGCUGGUAAUGAAGGUGUUGCUUCUGAGCAUUUAGGUGGUUGGGGACGAGCCGAAGCUUAUGCCCUUGAUAUAAUUGCAGGUUUACAACAUUGGUCAACUGGUUGGACUGAUUGGGCUUUAGCUGUUGAUACUGCUGGAGGACCUAGUUGGGCUGAAAGUUGGAUUGAUGCUACAAUAGUUGUAAAUGCAACAGCACAAGAGUAUUACAAGAAUCCAAUGUAUUAUGCAUUAGCACAUUUCACUAAAUUUUUACCAAUUGGAUCGACGCAUGUUGAAACUUCUGUAGAAAAUGCUCGACGAGGUGUUUAUAGAGUUGCGUUUAUAACUCCUGAUAAUACUUUAGUAUUAAUCUUGUUAAACAUGGACGAAUAUGAAAUUGAUUUAACAAUCAAUGGAUUUGCCAAUGUACCUUUUACAACUACACUUAAACCAAGAUCCAUUCGCAAUAUGCUUAUCGCAUUGAACUGAAAUUUCAGAAAAUAAAGGUUUUAAAG